AUGGUGGCUAAUACGACCCUCGUAGCUCCAACGGCUGCAAGCCCUGCUCAACAGGACAUGGCCGUCGUUGUAGGUGCAUGCAGUACCACUGUUGAUCACCCCCAACGGCAGCCACCGCCCAUCCCAUGUGCAGAUGCGCACCCGCACUGCCAGUCUUCGAAACGCCCCCCGAGAUUGCAAACAGACCUGCUUGGCCCUCCAAUCCUCAACGGGCCUGUCCGUCAUGCGCCGCCAUCGAAAGCCAGCGACCCUGGCCCCUGGCAGCACCGCCCGUUUGGCAAUCGGCCCUCUAGCCAGCCCACCGCUGUCAACGCGACCGCUCUUCGUCAUCCCUCAUGUGCAACAAACGUCUGUUUCUGA